ACAAUGAAAGUAUAUCUGAUUUUCAUCACAUUUGGAAUAUUGCUGCAUCUAUUCGAUUGCGUUAAGAAAGAUAUAGUAUUUGUUGUAGACAGAUCUGGAAGUUUAACAUCAGCUGACAUAAAUGGAACAAUUGACUUCAUCUAUAAUGUGACGUCAUAUCUCGAUAUUGGCUCCGACAAUGUAAAGAUUUCAAUCGUAACUUUCAAUGACGAAGUACACACUGAAAUAAAAUUCAACGAUUACUCUACGAAAGAAGAACUAUUGACUGCAAUUGCUAACUUGAAAGGAAUGUCAACAAAUGGCGGGACUUAUACUUAUGACGCAUUAGAUCACGUGCGAAAUAGCACAUUAACGUCUGAUGGGGCGCGUGAUGACGCUGAAAAGAUUGUUGUUGUAAUGACUGAUGGGGCCUCAAUUGAUCUCGUAGCAACAAUCGCUAUGGCAGAUAAAUUACGUAACGAUUUGUCUGCUGAAUUGUUUUCGAUUGCAGUUGGAAGUAAACCUGACCAAAUUGAAAUCGACGGAAUUGCAAACGACCCUGACAGUUACUACGUGCAUUCUGUUUCCGAUUUUGUAUAUCUUUGUAACAUGAUUCCGUCUUUAGUUCCAAAGCUGGAUGAAGGUGCUGUAGCCAACGUUGCUAGUGAUUGUCCAGUAGAACCUGGUGUAACAACAGAAGCUGCUGCAGUUCUAGAAGUGUCCGAUAGCUCAUCGAGUAAUUGGGUGUGGAUAUUGGCAGCAAUCCUUGGGGCUAUUCUACUCAUUCUUUUAUUGAUAUGUUGUAUUUUGUUUUUGAAAAAGAAAAAGAGGAAACCAAAGGAGAAAACGGAAACAUACAAAAACAUUGAUUUUUCUACCUCCAGACCAGCAGUUCAAGGAAAACCAAUAUCAUAUCGAGAAUCGUCAAUACUGUCAAACAAUGGUUGGACUUCAGGAGUAAAUAAAGAAUUAGUAGAAUCGUCUAUUUAUAAUCUCAACCGAGAAUCAACAGCAUCUCUAAGUUCGGUUAUGUACAGGGAUAUGUUUCAGUUCAAACCAGAAUCCAAACAAAAUCAGUGGGUUGAAUAAUUGGUACAUGUACAUGUAUGUAUGUACAAACAAAUGUAAAGUGCUUUUUGUACAGCGUGCACGUCAUUCGUUAUUCAUUACUUUGCCUGAUUCAGUUUUGAUUAAAAUAUCUAAUGAAGGAAAGAAAGUUAAAUCUAAGGGUUCAGUAUUUUUUUUUACCAUCAAUUUUAAAUUGUAAAACAAAUGGUUCAGAGUUUCUAACAUCAGAUACAGAUUCGGAAGAAACGUUUUUUUUGUACAAUACGUUAUCAUGGGCAUUAACGUUUGAUUUAUAUCAUACUUACGACAACACUCUUUAGUAAGGGACGCAAUCAUGUUAUUCUUUUCUUGUUGGUUAACACGUAUU